AGGGUCCGCUGACUGGGUGUGAGGCUGCGGAGAGGAAAUUUCCCCAAAAGAAAACCUUUCCAACCUAGUGGGUUGGGGGGAGAGAAGACAAAUUGAGCGCCCCUGGCUCACUUCCCCCACUUCCAAGCCCCGCCCGAGCCCCGCCGGUGUGGCACACGUGGUCUGGGCGCCACAAGGCGGAGAUCUCGGGCCUCAGGCCGAGGCCGGAGCCUUGCUGGGAGGAUCGCGGGCCAGGGGCCCUCAUCCCCGCCUCGGCAUCCGCCGCUGAAGUCUUCUGAGGAGUCUGGGGAGGGAGGAGCUCCGACAGGCGGGCUCGGGUGGCUGCCAGCGCCUGGGAGGACCAGGUCGGAGAGAGGAAGCUCCUCCCUUGUGCGCCCCGCCGCCGCAGAGUUGACACGUCUCUAGAAGAGAAGAGUCUGCUCCGGCUCCGGAUAAGCAGCGGCUUGGCGUGGGCUGCGCGGAGAAUGGAUGGCCCCGUGACAUAGUGUCCGGCAGCCUGUAGGGCCUGCCGACCCUGCUCGCGCAGGGGGUGGAGCCGCGGAAGCGGCGGGCACUUCCGGAAUCGACCGGCUGCCUGAGUGCCCGCGCAACCCGCUACCAUGAACGAGGAGGCCAUCUGCAGCGCCCUGCCCACCAUCCCGUACCACAAGCUCGCCGACUUGCGCUACCUGAGCCGCGGCGCGUCCGGCACCGUGUCUUCUGCCCGCCACGCAGACUGGCGCGUUCAGGUGGCCGUGAAACACCUCCACAUUCACACCCCGCUGCUCGACAGUGAAAGAAAUGAUGUCUUAAGAGAAGCUGAAAUUUUACACAAAGCUAGAUUUAGUUACAUUCUUCCAAUUUUGGGAAUUUGCAAUGAGCCUGAAUUUUUGGGAAUAGUUACUGAAUACAUGCCAAAUGGGUCAUUAAAUGAACUCCUACAUAGGAAAAAUGAAUAUCCUGAUGUUCCUUGGCCAUUAAGAUUUCGUAUUCUGCAUGAAAUUGCACUAGGUGUAAAUUACCUGCACAAUAUGAAUCCUCCUCUACUUCAUCAUGACCUGAAGACUCAGAAUAUCUUAUUGGAUAAUGAAUUUCAUGUUAAGAUUGCAGAUUUUGGUUUAUCAAAAUGGCGCAUCAUGUCCCUCUCACAAUCACGAAGUAGUAAAUCUGCACCAGAAGGAGGGACAAUUAUCUAUAUGCCACCUGAAAACUAUGAACCUGGACAAAAAUCAAGGGCUACUAUCAAGCAUGAUAUAUAUAGCUAUGCAGUUAUCGCAUGGGAAGUCUUAUCUAGAAAACAGCCUUUUGAAGAAGUCACCAAUCCUUUGCAGAUUAUGUAUAGUGUGUCACAAGGACAUCGACCUGACACUAAUGAAGAAAGUUUGCCAUUUGAUAUACCUCAUCGAACACUUAUGAUCUCUCUAAUAGAAAGUGGAUGGGCGCAAAAUCCAGAUGAAAGACCAUCUUUCUUAAAAUGUUUAAUAGAACUUGAACCAGUUUUGCGAACAUUUGAAGAGAUAACUUUUCUUGAAGCUGUUAUUCAACUAAAGAAAACAAAGAGUGCUUCAAGUACCGUUCACUUAUGUGACACGAAGAAAAUGGAGUUAUUUCCGAACAUACCGGUAAAUUAUGGUCCACAGGAGGAAUCGUGUGGAUGCUCUCAGCUCCAUAAAACUAGUGUUUCUCCUGGAACAUCAAGGUCCCUGUCAGCUCCUCAAGGCAAUGAUUUUCUAUCUAGAAAAACACAAGACUUUUCUGUGAUGCAUCAAUGUCCAGUAAAUCACAGUUGUGACAGUAACAUUUCUGUGGCUCAAAGAGCAACAUUCUGUGAUCACAGGGCUGCUCCAUGCUCUUUAGCAAUAAUAAAUCCACUCUCAGCAGAGGGAAAUUCAGAGCGAUUUCAGCCUGGUAUAAUCCAACAGUGGAUCCAGAGUAAAAGGGAAGAUAUUGUGAACCAAAUGACUGAAGCCUGCCUUAACCAAUCUCUAGAUGCCCUCCUGUCCAGGGAUUUGAUCAUGAAGGAGGACUAUGAACUCAUUAGUACCAAACCUACGAGGACCUCAAAAGUCAGACAAUUAUUGGAUACUAGUGACAUCCAAGGAGAAGAAUUUGCCAAAGUUAUAGUACAAAAAUUGAAAGAUAACAAGCAGAUGGGUCUUCAGCCUUACCCAGAAAUACUUGUGGUUUCUCAAUCUCCAUCUUUAAAUUUAUUUCACAGUAAAAACCUAUAAGGAACUCUUUUUCAAGAAUAAAAAUCAGUGCAUAAAAGGGUAUUUUAUAUUUCUUUUGCCUUGAUAAUGUUUUUAUGAGAUUCAUAUGAAUAUUAGAAACUUUAAUGAAGUUUCUUCUUCAGAUAAAUAUUAGUCUUCUUCCAUGACAUUAUAGUAUUUUUUAAAUUAAUACAGUAGAAAGUGUGAUUUUUGCUGCAUAGUUCAAUUCUUUUUGUCUCUUUGGUUAAUUGAAACUAUUUUUUCAAUGUAAUAAUUAUAUUUUUAUUGUACAAAACAAUGUCUUCAGGUUUCAUGUGUUUCUCAUGGAUACCAUUUUCACAUAUACUUUCUUUGUGGAUUAUUUAUUACUUGUUUAAGAUGCUUGACUUUCUGAAGACUUAAAUCAAAGAAACUUUUAAAUGUUAGUUAUUCAGUUCUUUAGAAAAUUGUUUCAAAGAUAAGCAAUACAAAGUGUAUAAAGAAAAAGUUAAUCCUUCAACAUGUGUUUCUACUUCUAUUUCUAGCCUCAAGUAACAAC